GGUACUGGUACAGUCAGUAGGUGCGCAGCAGUACGCGGAGGUGAAAGCUCAGAGUGACAGUGUGUGUGAUCUCUCUCUCCUGCGUGAGAGAACAUGGGACAUAUUUGGAUAUCCGAGAGCAUUUACAGCACAAGCAAUAAUAUCCAGCGGCUCGGAUUAUUGUUUAAUCGCUCACCUUCCGAGCCUCGCCCCAGAACCGCCUGAUAACGCGCAGAGAUCUAUAGCCGAGCAGCGUGAAUUUACAUGAAUCUUUGCUAUUCAGAGGAAAACAGAAGAGCCAUGAUUUGUGCCAGACGCGCUAGCAUCGGCUGCUCAAGCUAACUGAAAUGCGACUGUGGAUAUCAUCCUUUUGUCAGCCUAAAGUUUCUUUCUCACAUUUCAACAGGAAUAUGUUGUAAUUGUGAGGAGUUUAUGCUGGACUAGAGAAUAAUGAUUUGGCCUUACGCCCUUUCAAAGAUAGACCUGACACAAGAGACUCAUAGACCCCCGGAGCUCUGGAGGAAUCAAGGUCCAUCUUUGGCAUCAGAGAGGGACACACACAGUUGUCUCCUGUUCUUUGCGCUGACUCUGGCUCUGAUGUGAGCAAUCAUGGGCACCCAGGGCAGCCCUGUGAAGAGCUACGACUAUCUGCUCAAGUUCCUUCUGGUGGGAGACAGUGAUGUGGGGAAAGGAGAGAUCCUGGACAGCCUUCAAGACGGAUCUGCUGAGUCUCCAUAUGCCUACAGCAGCGGAAUCGACUAUAAGACCACCACGAUCCUGUUGGAUGGGCGGAGAGUGAAACUAGAGCUUUGGGACACCUCGGGACAAGGCAGGUUCUGCACCAUUUUCAGGUCCUACUCCAGGGGAGCGCAGGGGAUCCUGUUGGUGUAUGACAUCACCAACCGCUGGUCUUUUGACGGGAUAGACCGCUGGAUCAGGGAGAUUGAUGAGCAUGCACCUGGUGUACCCCGUAUUCUUGUGGGUAACCGGCUGCACCUGGCGUUCAAGCGACAGGUCCCCACAGAGCAGGCACGGGCGUACGCAGAAAAGAACGGCAUGACGUUUUUCGAAGUGAGUCCCCUCUGCAACUUCAACGUCAUCGAGUCGUUUACAGAGCUGUCGCGUAUCGUGCUAAUGAGGCAUGGCAUGGAGAAGUUCUGGAGGCCCAACAGAGUAUUCAGUCUGCAGGACUUGUGCUGCCGUGCCAUUGUGUCCUGCACCCCUGUGCACCUAAUCGAUAAGCUGCCGCUUCCUGUGGCCAUCAAGAGCCAUCUGAAGUCAUUCUCCAUGGCGAACGGCAUGAACGCCGUUAUGAUGCACGGACGGUCCUACUCACUAGCCAACGCCGCUGGAGGCAGCAAAGGCAACAGCCUCAAACGCUCGAAAUCCAUCCGGCCGCCUCAGAGUCCACCACAGAACUGCACCAGGAGCAACUGUAAGAUCUCCUAGCCUCCGGGCACAGGGGCGGGGCCGCCCCCCUCCCUUAUAUAACACUCAGGUGCACGCGGACAAACACACAAGGAAAUCGACACGGGGCUGGGCCGAUGGCGCAACAGAGGUGUGGCACCUCCCGGUGUGGGGAGAGCAGGAUGUGAACAAACACUUCCUGUCGCUACAGACGGCUAUAUUUCUCCCCUCACAUUGCUGCAGUACAGUUGGUUCCUCACUCACAGAUCGUGAAUAAAAACAAACCCUUCAUCAGACUCUUUGAUUUUGUUGCAGUGACCACUAGCAGCAUAUUUCCUACUGUGUUAGCGCCCUCUGCUGGAGAAUCCAUGCAGGUCAAACCCUGCAUUAGCUGAGAGGCCUCGUUUUGAAGUUGUUUUAUGGGCUUAUAUUUCGCUUUGGUUGUGUUCUCAUUUGCAUACUCAUUAUCCUCAGUGCUCUGCAUAUAUGGUGUUCCUCUUUUUUGCUCUUUGCAGGGGCCUGUUCUCCCUGCAAAAACUGAAGUACCUCGGUCACAUGGUCUUGCAUGCUUACCAACAGUGAGAGAGGGCUGAUGCGAAAUGACUUGUAGUGCUUACAUAUGAACUGAUGUAUUAAAAAUGUGAUUUGCAUUGCAAA